UCAGUCAGUCGGUGGUUCUACUGCUGAGUUGUUGUAACUUGUGUGAUGGUGGUGGACACUUUGUGAUACAACGGCGUAGGAGUUAUCAGGUGUUCCUCAGACGUGAAGUGAAGUGUUAUCAGUGAAGUGGCAGUGACCUUUGACAUGUGGUCCUCUCUAAAUCAGCUGGCCAAGUAUGACACAGCUGGUGUGGGGUGUUGUCUGCUCGCCUUUGUACUCUACUAUAACACACUUGAUGCCGACUUCGUCUAUGAUGACAGCCGAGCCAUUCUACGUAACCCAGACGUCCUGUCUUCCACUCCCAUCUCCGACCUCUGGCGUAAUGACUUCUGGGGAACAACACUCAACUCCAGCGAAUCCCACGGGUCCUACCGCCCUCUGUGCGUCCUCACGUUCAGGCUGAACCAUUGGCUCGGGGGGUUCCGCCCUCGAGGGUUCCACCUCACCAACGUCCUUCUGCACGUCCUCAACACAGCCCUAGUUCUCCGGGUGGCCCGCCUGCUACUACCCAGGUCGUCUACUACGAUGGCUGCCAUGCUGUUCUCCGCCCACCCUAUACACACCGAGGCAGUCUCAGGAGUUGUCGGAAGAGGCGAUCUCCUAGCCUGCCUCUUCUAUCUGCUCUCCUUCCUCGCCUAUCUGCACCACAUUAGUUUGAGAGACAAGUCUACGAGGUCGAACAAGAUCAAUAAGUUCUGUGAAGUGCAAACGUCCACAAAGUGCUUACUAGUGUUUAAUGAAGUGCUCGGUUAUCUUCGGCUGUGUUCGAGCCCCUUCGGCUUGAAGCAUCUGCCGUACUCCUCCACGGCCGCUCGUCAGUGCGCGUGUCUCGCGUUGUGUCUUGUGUUUGCUGCGAUGGCUAUGCUCAGCAAGGAGACAGGACUCACCGUUCUGCUGGUCUGUGCUAUCUAUGACGUCAUCCGAUCAGCCAGAGCGUGGCCAGGGGCAGUAAGUCUAGCCGUAAGCUUGAGCACCCUCGCAGUCGGCCUGGGCGGCAUGAUGAUGUUCAGACUUUACCUGAUGGGACCACACACCCCAACGUUCGCCACAGCCGACAACCCCACAGCUCGCUGUCCCUGGCUACUAACACGACUCCUCACCUUCCUGUACCUGCCAGUUUUCAACCUCUACCUUCUCUUGUACCCACGGUGGCUCAGCUUUGACUGGUCGAUGGACGCCAUUCCGAGAAUCACCUCUCUCACCGAUCCCCGCAAUAUGGUCGUGUUUGUUGCCUACUACUUUAUCUACAAAAGUGUUCGACUAGCUUUUGAAAAAGUGUUUACAAAACAUAAUGUUGAAACGGAAUUUUCAAUACUAAAGUGUAACCGGGUCAGCAGUAAAAGCAGGGGAUGUUCAACGUGUAAACAUCCCUUGAGUGAUUCACAUUCAGUGACAUGUAGGACAAACAACAACAACAACCACGUGUCGAAGUGUGAGUGUAAACAUUCCUUUGUAAACUCUGUCACUCAUCGGACUUUAAGUGAGACUUUUCUAGUUAGUUUUGUUUUCCUUGUAGUUCCUUUUCUACCUGCGACCAACGUCUUGUUCUAUGUAGGUUUUGUAGUUGCCGAGCGCGUUUUGUACUUACCAAGCGUUGGAUAUUGUUUCAUUGUGGCACUUGGAGGACAUGUGCUGAGUAGAAGGUGCAACCGUCGUCUUUUAAGGGUCGUGUUUCUGCUUAUGCUCUUGGCGUUUAGUGGCCGGACAAUCAGAAGAAAUAGAAAUUGGAAGGACGAAGAGAGUCUGUAUCGGUCUGGAAUCAGCAUAAACCCGCCAAAAGCGUACGGAAAUUUGGGAUCCGUUCUAAGUUCACAAGGACGCACUGAAGAGGCUGAAAAGGCGUUCAACUUGGCACUUAAGUACAGACCCAACAUGGCGGACGUACACUACAACUUAGGGAAUCUACUACAGAGUCAAGGGAAGUAUGAAGACGCGAUAAGGAGUUACCACAACGCCAUACAAUGUCGACCGUCUUUAGCUUUGGCUCAUCUAAAGCUGGGUCAGCUGUUGGCCUCGCGAGGUCGUUGUGAUGAGGCCGAGCGUGUGUUCCGCCGCUGCGCCACCCUCGACGUGACCGGCCUCAAGGACCCGAGGCAGCACGAGGACACCAAGAUGGCGGCCCUGCUACACCUGGGUCGUCUACACGCGGACCGAGGACAGCACCAGGAGGCCGUGCAGGCCUACCUGCAGGCCGUGGACACCAGGCCCUUACACUACCAGCCACAGGUUCUAUAUAAUCUACUCGGGGAGUCGUUGUCCCGCCUAGGACGUCACGAGGAAGCAGAGGCUUGGUACAGGGCCGCGCUGGAGGCCAAACCAGACCACGUCCCUGCACACAUCACUUACGGCAAACACCUUGCGAGAAAUAAAACACGGAUGCCUGAAGCAGAGCAAUGGUUCUUAAAAGCUCAGAAGUUAGCUCCCUCAGAUCCUGUGGUGUAUCAGCAGUAUGGAGAACUCCUAAGCUCACAGGAUCGGCAUGAGGAGGCGGCCCGUCAGAUGACCAGAGCAGCUGAGCUCUCCCCACUGAGCUACGAGCUCAUCCUAGGAGCUGCAACAGCGCUACGACAAGCAGGGCGGUACAGCAAGGCCGAGCUGUACUACAGACGAGCGGUGAAUAUCAGGCCUAAGGAUCCCACAAGUCACAGUAACUUAGGCGCCAUGUUGCACCUGAGUGGGAAACUCACUGAGGCUGCAGCUUCAUACAGAGAAGCUCUGAGGCUUGAACCGUCUGACGUCACAACCCUCACCAACCUCCACAAGCUACGUCACCUGAUGGCGAGGAUAGAGACAUGACGUCACCAGGCGUGCCCCAAUCUGACGUCAUAUCACACGGAGACUGUAUUUGUAACAUGACCGUCACUUAACGUCGAGCAUCAACGUCACCUAGUGGACGAUCCCCUUUAGUAAAGAGCAAAGGGACUUAAGUGUUACCAAAAAUGUGAUGACCGUAUGCUUUUUAAUGUAUUUACGUUUAUUCAAUGUGAAAUAUUGAUUUAUAAAUUUUCACAUUAUCCUGACCUUUCAAAAAUGUAUAUAAAAGGACUAACUCGUCAAUAUUGGUACUCAUGCCAACUUGUUUUGCCUAUCAAUAUAUCCACCUUCAAUCCAACUUUUUAUCUAGAGGAAUAAUAUACCUUUGAAGAAGAAACUAAAUACCUUUCAAUGCAAGAUACAUAUCCUUUUCUUGGAAUGUAAUCUAAUAUUAUAAAGAUAAAAUGCAUAACUUCCUCAUUUUUAAGAGUUGUUAGCCUCCGGAUUACGUUUGAAUAUUUAUAAUGGUUUAAAUACCUGCAUUCAGUAA